CGCUGCUUCAGUAAAGUGUGUUUGUUUAUACUAACAAAAAUGGUUUUUUCCUGAUACAAAUGGAGUGGAGCUAUUUAAAUUGUUUAGUCGUGUUUGUGUUAAUGCAGGAAAAUGGCUACUAAUAUUCAUCAAUCGCGAAAUUACGUGUGGUCAACUGACGAUAUUUUGGGAAGAGGUUCUACAUGUUCAGUUUACAAAGGAAUAAACAAAAACAAUGGAGAAUUUGUAGCAAUCAAGGUCGUUGAGGCAGCUCUAGGAGUCCGGGAAUUUGAAAUGUUAAAGAAAAUCAAACAUGAAAACAUAGUGAAACUUCUUUCCAUAGAACAAGAAUGUCCUAAUAGGAAUUCUGGGCGGAUGCAACCAAGACAAAUUUUGGUUACAGAGCUUUGCACCGGAGGUUGUUUGAGCAACAUCCUAGAUGAUCCGGAAAACAUUUACGGUUUGGAUGAUUCCGAAUUUUUACUAUUUUUGUCUCACCUUUAUGCUGGCAUGAAAUAUUUGAGAGAUAACGACAUAGUUCAUAGAGAUUUGAAACCAGGCAAUAUAAUGAAAUGCAUACUAGACGAUGGCACUUCAGUAUACAAACUGAUUGACUUUGGUGCUGCCAGAGAUCUUCCAGACGGAAAAGAAUUUGUAUCUGUUUACGGUACCGAAGAGUAUUUAGCUCCUGACGUGUAUGAAAGAGCUUUACUAGGGACUCCUGGCAGAGCUUUCCGUGCCACUGUAGACCUAUGGUCUACUGGAGUUACUUUGUAUCAUGUGGUUACAGGUGAAUUGCCUUUUCGGCCUUUUGGAGGCAGACGAAAUAGGCAAACCAUGCAUUAUAUAACGACCCACAAGAAAGCUGGUAUUAUUUCCGGAAUCCAACAAAAUCUAAAUGGAUCGAUUAUUUGGAGCUCAAAAUUGCCAGAAAAUUGUCUUUUGAGUCCAAAUCUGAGAAAAAUAAUUACACCGUUAAUAGCUGGACUAUUGGAAUCUGACGUAACAAAAAUUUGGACUUUCAAAGAGUUUUUUGAUACAGUUGACACGAUUGUUACAAGAAAAAUCGUCCAUGUUUUUGAUAUUAAUAAUCAAGGUUUGAUUAAAAUUUACCUCAACCCAUUUGACACUAUAGAAAUACUUCAAAAAGAUAUUUCUAUACAAACUGACAUUGCACCGGAAAAUCAAAUUUUAAUUUACAAAGCAGAUGAACUCAGUGGAGAAACUUUGCUUGCAACUACUGAAAAGUGCCCCGUAUUUGUAUUCUCAAAAGAAAACUCAAAAAUUAAUGUUCUUGAUUUAAAAGAAAUGUCUCCAAUUAUUUCUUUUACUAAAAAACUGGAAUUGGGGGAGGACUUUAAACUAGCCAGAAAAGCUUGCUGCAAUGCUUACCAAGCCAAAAGACUCAUUGAAAAAUAUUCAAUAAUCACUCAACUGAUACACAAUACAGUUGAAAAUGUAAUAAAAUGCAUUAAAAUACGAUUAAAAAAAUUAAUGUGCGAAGCUGAAUAUUUAAUGAGCAAAUGCAAAAUAUUCAAUAAAGCAGCUGGCAUUUUUGAGACCUUGCAAAACGUUGCUAAGUACAAAGCCAAGACAAAUAAUUGUGAAGAGCUGAGUAAUAUUAGUCAAGAUUUUGUUGCAAUCUAUAAUUUGCACACGAAAUACAAUUACGAAAAUUUAGCUGAGAAGGAAUGGGAGAGUGCGAUUAAAGAUUUUGAAAAUCCUUUUGAAUCCAGAUUAACUGUGAGAGCAUCAACACUUGCUGAUCGCAUAAAAGACUCCAUGAACCAUCUAAGAAUUGGCCGAGAUUAUCCGCUACCUCAAAACCAUCAAUAUCAGCUUGAAUGUAUCAAAAUUGCAAAAACCUGGACCCAUUUACAUCAUCUUUUAGAAACCGUUGCAUACCAUCAAUAUACCACUUUGAUUAAGGUAUUUGAAAGUUGGUUCAACAAAGUCCAAAAAGACUAUAUGGAAUUGGAAACUUUAAGCCAGACGAUUAACGAGUUUAAAGUAAACUUGAACAAGUUUGAAGAUAAAUUUGACGUGGACGUUGACGAAUUUAAUGAGUAUUUAAAAGCAAAUCCUAAUAAUAAUGAGCCGACAGAGAAAAUUAAAUAUGUAAAAGAUCCAGUUUUACAUAGCCGCCUGAAAAAUAAGUUGAAAACUUAUAAUUAUAAAACUGGUAAUAAUCUGAUUGCUGAAAAUUCCGAGCUCAUAAACAAAUUAAAGGAAUGCACAUCGGAUCUUGAUGGCAAUAAAUUUGAUUUGGAAGAUUUCAUUUAAACUAAUAACAUCAGGUAUUUCUAUAUUUAAUUCAAAUCAUUGUGUUACGGUUACUUUAAGUGCGGCUAUUUCACUAACAGACACUUACCAAAGACUUACUUAUUUGAUUGGUGAGACCCACCCAGAAAAUAAACUACUAUAGUAUAAUAUAACUGAAUUUAUUAACUUUAUACUACAAGUGUAUAAUACAAAAAAUAUUGUAUAUUAUAAUCGAUACAAACAACGCUCUCAAUUUUUUUUUCUAUAAUUUAAUUUAAGAGGUAAACAGUAUUGCAUUUGAUAAAGCUUAUAAAUAUAGGAAGUGUAAUUUUAUUUAAAAAAAAAAAUAAAAAUAUUUCUGAGCAAGGAAACGAUUUUCUUAUAAUGUUUUUCCAAUUACCUAAAAAUGUAUUAAACUCUCAAAUAAUCACAAUAAUCGCAAAACCAAAAAUGCUUACAAAGGAAUGUGAACUAGCAUUAUUGAAAGAACAAAAAACAUACAUAUAGAGUACAAAAUGGGUGUGUUCCAACUUUAGCCAAAAAUGGUCGUUUCUUGUGCAAGAUUGGAACAGAACAGACAUGAAACACAGAGAGCUCUGGUACACUAGAGCGCAGGACAAAUAAGAAUCUAUUUGAAAGAAUAAAUUCAAUAUACUGUUUCACGGUAAGUACUCAGAAAAGAAGUGAAAUUAAGCAAGUUGGUAGAAAGAAGCUUAAAGGCAAAUUAAUGUAGUAGAGAGUGUAAAAAUAAUAGCACAUUAAUUUUUUGUUCUGCACUCCAGAGCCGAAUCACACAUUUUUUUUUAGUACAAUAUUGUUCACACUCGUAAACUAAUGGCAGUUCUACUUUGUGCGUUGUCACAAUUAUUUUUGGCCAUAAUCUCAAGUUGUGUACUUUUCGUAAAAAACGGCCUUGAAUAGCAAUUAUUGCUAUUUUAAAGAGUUAAACAAUAAACGAGGUUUAUUGCUUUUAAAUAUGCCAGAAGACAAAGGACCCUGCCCAAAGUAUACGGAAAUUGUGUUUAUGUCAGAAUUGGCUGAAUUUUGGAUAUAAUAUAGAUUACGCCUUUCUGAUUAAAAGUUACCAUUGCACCAAUCCUGAAAAAUGACUCCUUUUUGAAAAAAAAUAAUUUUAUAGGGGGCAAGUAAAACACUUAGAAAUUAUAACGAAUGUUCAAUGUAGCGUGAAAAGGUAAGCUUGUGGCGCGUAAUUUUCUCAAAAAGGAAUCAUUUUUCAGAGUUGGUGCAAUGGUAACUUUUAAUCAGAAAGGCGUAAUCUAUAUUAUAUACAAAAUUCAGCCAAUUCUGACAUAAACAUAAUUUCCGUAUACUUUGGGUAGGGUCCUUUAUCCAUUAAAAUUGGCUAAACAACAAUUAGUAUUAUGCACUGUAAUUUAAAAAUUGUCACUGUGUGUGCAUUAUUCAAUUAAAUACUGUAAAUUGGUUUAUAGAACGAAUAGUGGCGACGAUUUUGUAUGUUGUAACUUCAAUAAUUGACAGAAACUUUAGUACAGUCAGUCGCUUUUAAUCUGAUACUCCAACGGAAUGUGAGCUGGUGGCUCCCUACAUUAGAACUCCAAUGGUCACCAACACCUCUCACCUGUUGUUGUUAUAUGCUUCACUCCCGUGCUCCUCAUACGGAAAGUGUCAAAUUAAAAACGACGGAGAAUAUCUUUAGUAAAGUUAAUUGAGCGGGAUUCAUCAGCCCAUAAAAGUUGUACCAUAAUCUCGUAUGGUUGUUUUUUUUUUGCGUUUUGUAAAUAUGCGCAGUAAAUUGUAAAUAAAAACCAUCAAGGAUUUCUGAUUAGUUCUGAUACUUAGGACUAAUUCUGAAUAAACAUUUUGAAUUAAUAAAUUAGUCAAAAAAUAUCAGAAAGCUUAUACAGACCGGACCAACCUACUAGACACAUAGGGAGUAAUCAGACAAAUAAUUAGCCUGUACCCGAUUUAGCCAAGCUACACGAAUUUUAAUAACUUGCAGGAAUGAUCAAAGAUCCACCAUGACGAUCCUGCAGUGAAAUGGGUAUCAGUCAACUGAUCUCAUUCUAGUAGCCUGGUCCUUUCUGUAUAUAAAUCUUAUACCCUUAGGCCCUUUGAAUCAAAGAGAAGUACCCAAAAUCGUAGCCGCCCCCGGAUUAUCAAUCAAUAAUGAAAUAUUCCGUUAUUCCAAAUUGUUUAAAUACGCACAACACUAAGUUACAAACAAAACAAAAUUCUUUAUACAAAAUACAAUUAAUUACGAACCAGUCACAAAUUUCCGUAUAAAUAUCAGACAAUUUUUGUUUUACAUAAAUAAUUUGUUUAAAAAAUUCAAUUUUACGCUUAAUAUAAAUCCGUAAAAAGACAAACAUAAAGUAUAAAAAUAAAUUUAAAGAAUGUUAAAAUAAUUGGUAAAAAAAACGUAGGUAAAAUGCAGUUUACAUGAAAAUUUUUCAAAUACACAUAUUCAAAGAAUACAAUAAGAGCUAAAGAAGAAAUUAAAACCUAAUAAAGUUUAGUUGAUAAACAAUGUAAAUCUUCGAUUUGUAAAAAUGCUAUUAGUGAAUAAGAUGAUGCGCAGUCACAGGGUAAUUUCAGACAUAAGUUUCUUAUGUUCCCAAGGUAGCCUUACAGUCAAUUAAGUGAGAAAAUUAUACUAUAGCUCUUAUGAUUUGACAACAAAAUUCUAAUGUAAAGUGCAUCUCCAAAUACACUGACAAAAAAAAAUUCGCGGCAUUUUCUUUCAAUGUUACAACGACCCACGCACAAGCAGACCAAGACCGAAAAAUACCACCACCUCCCAUCAACCUAAUCAAUGAUAGUGCAACUCUAAAGUAUUACACAACCAGUCGGUUGGGGGGUGGGCCAUUCCUCAGUAAGCCGAAGCCUCUUUGUACUCGGACCCUUCCAUUGUAAAGAAGUCUUCUAGUUUCCAUUGGAGGGUUUCGAAGGUGGGCCUUCGUAACGGAUCGCGAUGCCAGCAUUCCAGCAUGAUGUCGUAGAGACGCGGCGGGCAACUGGGCGGCGCCGGCAUACGGUAACCGUGCUCCACUUGAUGGAGAACUUCGGCAUUAGUCAU